UUUUACUACUGUGCCUCCCGCCGCGUUAAUCCACUGACUACGCAUUCAACCCCUUAGCUGUUCCAACUAUCUUUCCAUUAAGCCUCUGCGCUGUUCCCAAUGUAGGUUUCCCUCCCUGGUUUAUACUUUCCAAGAUGGCCACCGCGUCAGCCCGGGGAGUCUCCGCGCUCCGUCGCUUCUGCCUUUUAGAGCUCCCGGUUUGAACACACCACCCCUGGAUUAAUCUUUUCCCUACCCUUUGAGACAGAGGAUCUACUACUUUGUGCACAUUUUAUUUUUUAAAUUGUUCACCACCUGUGGAUUUUAGUUCGUCUGGUGUGACCAGGGCCUAAUUUAUGCUAUGUUGAGCAAGCCCCCAGGCAGUGCCAGCCUCCUCUCCUCCCUCCAGGAUCAGGGUUAAACCUCUAUGGAUAAACAGCCAAUAUGGUGAAGCUGGCGAACCCUCUUUACACGCAAUGGAUCCUGGAGGCCAUCAGGAAGGUGAAGAAACAAAAACAGCGUCCUUCAGAGGAACGACUUUGCAAUGCUGUGUCCACUUCCCACGGCCUAGAUAGACACACUGUCUUAGAACAGCUGGAACUUAGUGUCAAGGAUGGAACGGUUCUCAAAGUCACUAACAAGGGGCAAAAUUCAUACAAGGACCCAGAUAACCCAGGCCGCUUGGCCUUGCCCAAGGUGGCAAGAAACCUAGGGAGGCCUGAGGGUGUGGACUGGCAUCAUCUUUUAAGACGGGCUUUGGAAGGGCUCUCAGAGCCAGGGGGCUCGUCAUUAAAAAGUAUUGAACGUUUUCUUAGAAGCCAGCGGGAUGUGGCAGCAGCCUUUGCGGGCAACACAGGGCCAACUUCGGCUUUUCACCAGCAGCUACGACUGGCAGUCAAGCGUGCACUGGGUCAUGGGAGAAUUGUAAAGGAAGGGACACUCUAUAAAUUAAAUACCAAGCUAUCUGAGGGCAAGCAAGGAUGGGAGUCUCUGGCUUCACUGCCACCUGUGUGCCUUCUGCCCCACGAAAAAGAUAAGCCGGUAGCUGAACCUAUCCCCAUAUGCAGUUUCUGUCUGGGAACAAAGGAGCAAAACAGAGAUAAGAAACAAGAAGAACUUAUAUCAUGUGCAGACUGUGGAAACAGCGGGCAUCCAUCCUGUCUGAAGUUUUCCCCAGAGCUGACAGUACGUGUUAAAGCACUGCGCUGGCAAUGCAUUGAAUGCAAGACGUGCAGCUCAUGCCGUGACCAAGGAAAAAAUGCUGACAGUAUGCUGUUCUGUGACUCCUGUGACCGGGGGUUUCACAUGGAGUGCUGUGAGCCGCCUCUUACUAGGAUGCCGAAAGGUAUGUGGAUUUGUCAAAUAUGCCGGCCUAGGAAGAAAGGCCGGAAGUUACUUCACAAAAAAGCUGCUCAGAUUCGCCGGCGUUAUACCAACCCCAUCGGCCGUCCAAAGAACCGAUUAAAGAAACAAAGUGCAUCCUCAAAACCACCAUUUAUCAAAGGCAGAGGCAACCCUGGCCGAGGGAGAAAACGCAAAUAUUCUUCAUGUACAUCAUCCUCAGAAGACGAUGGCAGGAGCUCUGAGACCUCUCGAGGUCAAGCUGUCCCUUUCAACAAAAAGACAAAGGGUCUCAUCGACGGGCUGACCAAAUUCUUCACUCCAUCCCCAGAUGGGCGCAAAGCACGAGCAGAGGCAUUGGAUUAUUCUUUACAGCGCUCAAGAAAAAGGGGGCCACGAAAAUCUGAACAAGUGGACUGGGACAAUCAAGAAGGUUGGGACAGCAAGCUUGAUGGCGAUGACCAUCUUGGAAUAUUAUCAGAAAAGGAAAUUGAGCUCUUCCAAGAUAUCCAGGAGCAGGCACUACAGAGGGUUGGUGUGAGUGGACCUCCAGACCCGCAGGUACGCUGCCCUUCUGUCAUUGAAUUUGGAAAAUACGAAAUUCAGACGUGGUAUUCCUCUCCUUAUCCCCAAGAAUAUUCAAGUUUUAAACAUAAAUGCAAAAAGCAAUGUACUGCUAUUAGAUUACUCUGGGUGGAUGGGAAAGUGAGCACCAUUUACUGCCAAAACCUAUGCCUCCUCGCCAAGCUGUUCCUUGACCACAAGACACUAUAUUAUGACGUUGAACCCUUCCUCUUCUAUGUGCUUACACAGAAUGAUUCAAAGGGAUGCCACCUUGUUGGAUACUUUUCCAAGGAGAAACACUGCCAGCAGAAGUACAAUGUAUCCUGUAUUAUGAUACUUCCCCAGUACCAGCGAAAAGGUUAUGGUCGCUUCCUCAUCGACUUCAGUUAUCUCCUUUCGAAGCGUGAGGGACAAGCAGGUUCUCCAGAAAAACCUCUUUCUGAUCUUGGUCGGUUGUCCUACAUGGCAUAUUGGAAGAGUGUGGUACUGGAAUGUCUUCACCACAAUAGGGAGCGGGAGAUGAGCAUCAAGAGGCUUACCAAACUGACUGGAAUCUGCCCUCAGGAUAUUGCUGCCACCCUUCAGCAAUUACGUAUGCUGGAGAUGAGAGGGGACCGCAUUGUGCUAGUUCGCCGAGAGCAACAAAUCCAGGGACACAUGAGCCGUUUACAGGCCCGUCCAAGGGAGGUAGAGGUUGAUCCUGAGGCUUUGAGAUGGACUCCUGUCAUAGUCACAAAUUCUGUGGUAACUGACGACGAGGUGGAUUCUGAGGAAGAAGAAGAAGAAGAAGAAGUAGAAAGGCAAUCAUUAAAUAAUAGAGAUCAGAUGAUAAGAAGCAUCACUCGGGUUUCUAAGGACCAGGACUCUUGCCCUGUUUUGGAGAAAGAAAAGAGCCCACCACCUCUACCUUUUCGUCCAAGUUCACCAGUCCAUCAUUUUCCUAACCCUCGACAAUUUCAGGACUUAUUCCGGAACAACUUGCCUGCAAAUAUUCAACCUAAAGGUAGAGGGCGUAGAGGUCGCAGGGGUCGACGAGGUCGAACUCCUGGAUCGUCCUCCAGCCGGACUGCAGACCUUCUGAGGUUGCUGGCUAGAGAUGUUCCAGCACCCCCUAGGCGUAGUGGAGAAAGGGGACGCCCAAGAUUACGAAGGGGCAGACUGAAAAGGCUGGGGGAUUCUAUGCUGCGUAGAGACUUCUUAGAGCAACAAGAGCGUUUGUCAAAACGUUUUGAAUGUGAGCGCCCACAGCUGAGGCAUUUCAGUGAGAGCAGUGAAGAAGAGGAUGAUGAAGAGGAGGAUGAUGAUGAUGAUGAAGAAAAUCAUAGCUUGCGCUCAGACUCUCCACCCAUCCUCACAAAACCUGCUCUCAAACGCAAGAAGCCUGGAGCUCACCGGAGAGGGCGAGUGCGCAGGCGCAAACACCACCACAACAGUAGUGUGGUAACAGAAACCAUUUCAGAAACAACACAAGUUUUAGAUGAACCCUUUGAUGAUUCUGACUCAGAGCGUCCUAUGCCAAGGCUGGAACCUGAGGAAGAUGGUAGUAGCCACGGUGUUCCCUUCCCAACUGACUACUUUCCAUACCUUACUCCUCAUCCAUUGUUGAGACGUAACCGCCCACUUGGCAAGAGGGAGAUCCCACACCGAGCAAUUUCCAGAUAUUUUUUUGUUUUAGGGUCACACAUCAAGCCACCUGCUUCUGCAAUUCGUUCUCAGAAUGAGACUGCCCCAAUAUCUGAGCCCUCUGCUCCUGCACCUGUUAAAAAGAAAGGGUGGCCUAAGGGCAAAAGUAGGAAACCUCUCCAUUGGAAGAAACGUCCUGGAAGAAAACCUGGUUUCAAACUGAACCGUGACCCUCCUCCACCCUCUCUUCCUCAUCCUUCUCCUGCCAGGCCUGGUCGCAAGCCAAGAUUGCGAGAAGAAGUAGUCUCUCCUAGAGACACAGCUCUGGAAAAGGAAGAAGUUGUCCCGGCAGUAGUUAAAACAGUUAUGGAAGAUGAUGAAGGGCCCAUUGCUACAGUACCACCGACGUCACCAUCUGAAAGCAGCAGCAGUAGUAGUAGCAGCAGUGAUAUCUCCUCAAGGGAAACUGAAAAUCAUCUCCCUCUCCAGAGCGACAGGGAAGAACCUGAAGAUGAUUCCCAGCCAGUUGCCGCGGAUCAAGAUCAUGAAGAUGAAGAGGAGGAAAGAGCAACAGAAACUAAAGAAAUAGAGGUAACUGUAGUAAACCAGCAGGAAGAUCAUGAUGCAGAUGAUGAAGAUGAUGGAGCAAAGGAACCUGAGGAUGGGGAAGAACUUGAGCAAGACACUGUUGACGAACCAGGGCAACAGGAACCUGGCAUAGGAAGCAGCAGGGAGGAGGAAGAUAAAAUAGAGGGUGAACAUGAGUCCACAGUAAGACAUGCUUCUUCCUGCUUAGAGGAGGAGGAACCUCCAGAAAAAGUAGAGGAGGAGCGAAAAGAGGUGGAUGAAGAGGAAGACGAUGGAGAAGAGGAAAUUCCCCACACAGAGCUAGAUCUGGAGACUGUGCAGGCUGUACAGUCUUUGACUCAGGAAGAGAGUAGUGAGCAUGAUGAUGGAACAUAUGGUGAUUGUGAGGAUGAGACACUGACAGCUUGCCAAACUUUGCAGAGUUUCACACAGGCAGAGGAUGACCCACAACUGGGCCUAGCAGAGGAGUGCCAUCCCUCAGCUCAGGGUAGCCCAAUAUCAUCUGUUCAUUCACAUCCAAGUCAGUCUGUGCGUUCAACAAGCAGUCCAAGUGUACCACCAGUGCUUGAAGGAAAUGGGGCUGGUGGAUACCCUCAGAUAAGUCCUGAUGCCGCCUCUCUUUCAGCUCCUUCUAUUCAGAACUUAGAAACCACCAGCCCUAUGAUGGAUGUACCCUCUGUGUCUGAUCACUCUCAACAGGUAGUAGACAGUGGUUUUAGUGAUCUGGGCAGCAUUGAGAGUACAACAGAGAACUAUGAAAAUCCCAGUAGCUAUGAUUCCAGCAUGGGGGGUGGCAGUAUUUCCUCUCAGAGCAGCUGCUCCUAUGCUAGUGGUGGCAAUGCUAAUGGAGCUGGAGGCAUGUCUUCAUCUAAUAACUUGUCGCAGAGCGGCUGUGCUGUAAACCAACAAAUGGCUGGCAUGCCAGGAAUGUUACAGUCAUCCCAAGCUUGUGGUAUAAAGUCACCUCAGAAUUGUGCCUCAGAGCGACCACCUAGCAGUAGCAACAAUCAGCCACCACCACCUCCACCUCCACCACCUCCAUUGCCCCCUCAGCAACCACCCCCACAGCAACAGCCACCAAUGUCACAGUGCAGCAUGAACAACAGCUUUGGUCCCUCAAUGAUAAUGGAGAUACCGGACCAGAGUAAUGGGAGCAAUCUCAGUAUCUAUCCUGGUGAUUUUGGAGCGGGUGGAUAUUCCCAGCCUUCUGCUACUUUUAGUCUUGCCAAGUUGCAGCAGCUUACAAACACCAUCAUGGACCCUCAUGCUAUGCCUUACAGCCAUGCUUCAGCGGUCACCUCCUAUGCAAACAGUGUGUCCCUAUCUAACUCUGGCCUGUCCCAACUCACAUCUUCCCAUCCUUUGGCAGGGGCACCCCAAGCACAAGCCACUAUGACCCCAACCCCUACCAUGAACCUUCUCCAAUGCAACAUGUCAGCAGGUAACCUUGGUAUACCCCACAGCCAGCGUAUCCAGAGCCAGAUGCCUAAGGGACACCAUUCCAUCCGCUCUAAGUCAGCCCCAUUGCCUGCUGCUCCAUCCCCACACCAACAGCAGCUGUAUGGACGUAGCACACCAGGCAUGCAACCUGCCUCCAGGGCUCUCACAGUUCAACGGAGCAUGAACAUGGGUGUGAACUUAAUGCCCACCUCACCGUACAAUGUUAACACCAUGAACCCGCUCAAUGCUAUGAGUGGAUACCGCAUGUCCCAACAAAUGGUAAACAGUUCCUAUCAUAGCAAUGCAGCCUAUAUGAACCAGACAACACAGUAUCCCAUGCAGGUUGGCAUGGGCAUGAUGGGUGCUCAGGCCUAUACCCAACAACCUAUGCAGCCGAAUCCCCAUGGAAAUAUGAUGUACACACCACCUCCUCAUCACUCCUAUAUGAACUCCCCAGCUGUCCCCAAACAAACUCUUAAUGCUCCUUACAUGCGGAGAUGAGGGGGUCACCGGUGGCACCCCAAAAAUCCUACAACCCCUCAUGUCCUCUUGCAGACUAUAAAUACGGCCUUUUAUACUGACAGGACUUUUAUCCCAUUUCCCUUAUACCCCUUUGCUGUAGAUUUAAUAUUAUAAUGUUUUUUUAUUGUUAUUUUAUUUCCCUCCCUUUUACUGAAAAAGAAACAAACUAAUUUUGUCGGGGGCUUUCCUGUUUUUAUUUUUUCUGUAGAUUUUUUUCUUGCGUUCAUUUUCUCCUGUUUUUACAGAAGCGUCGUCUGAAAAGGUUUUUUCCCUUCCAUAUUUUUUUUUAUAUAACAGAAGCAAAAAAUAUAACCUUUUUAAAAAAAAACACUUUAGCGGAACGCACGGUUAUAGGAAAAAUAUCUUGUUUUUAGAAAGUUUAAAAGAAAAAAUUAAGAAAGACAAAAAAAAUUAACCCUGUAGCCUUAUUCAGUCGUGGGCUUCAUCACAGCCACGAUAAAUGUAUACUUUCAACGUGCAUCCCGCUGAUUCUUCAUUGUUUUUGAAUUUUUGAAUGGGGUUGGAGGGAAAAAUAUUUAUAAAGCCCUGGAGGGGGCAGAUGAGCCUUCAAUCUGCUAUGUGUAAAAAGUCUCAUGCUCAAUCCCUUUACUGUCUGCCUCUUCUGGGGUGCUAUCAUCCCCCCCUUAUAUAAACAUAUGUGUAUGAAUUAUGUGUAUGUAUGUGAUAUGUAAAUAUGUGUGUGUGUGUGUAUAUAUAUAUAUAUAUAUAUAUAUAUAUAUAUUGUGUGUAUAUAUAUAUAUAUUAUAUAUAUAUAUAUAUAUAUAUUAUAUAUAUUAUAUAUAUUAUAUAUAUAUAUAUAGAGAGAGAGAGAGAGUUGUGUGUAUGCAUAUAUAUAUAUAUAUAUAUAUAUACACACGUAAAAUUUGUGUAUAUUCAACAUGGUCAGUUUUGAUGGGGUUCUUAAAAACAUACAGCAAAAACAAAGUGUGAUUAAAAAUUCACUUUCCUUUAUUGAAAUUACAUUCUGCACUAAAGGUGAAUUGCUUAUUUCUCUUACGCAAACAAGAAGCACUUAUUGCCAUAAACUAAAUGGAGAUGCUG